CAAUAAUUCCCACACUUGCUAAACUUCAACCAGUCUUAAUAUCAGUGUGGUAAAGUGCAUAUUCGCGAUAUGCGGAUUCUUUAUUUUAUUGUUAUCCUCUUACGAUUUGGAGCAUCUUUAGAUACAGCUAACGAUGCGAAGGCCAGAUCAAUGGGGAGGUGGUGGGAUGCAGUGCCUCGUCUUUUGACAGACGUCGUUACCAUGAAAGCAAACAUUCUCACAGCUGUACCGCUCGAACUCGCAGCUAAUACAAUCGAUGCCUUAUGUUCCUCCACGCUUUUUAUGGACAAAGUGCCUCCACAGAUUACUCCGGACAUAAAGAAAAUGCAUUUUCAGUACAUGACUCCAUGCCAAAACUAUAGUGUCCCUUUGCUGGACGCCUCCAAGCUUUGGAAGCAUUCGAGAUUCAGUAAAGGACGUAAGGUUGUGAUCUUGGCUACCGGAUGGACUAACACUGUGAACGAAUCUUCAGCCAUUUCGAUGAUAUCAAAGGCGUUUAUGUGUCGCGGCGAUGUUAAUUUUGUGAUUGUGGAUGCCGCUGAUUAUGUGGAUACCUUGUACUCGUGGUCGGCCCUCAACACGGAUUUAAUUGGGGAGCAUAUUGGAGUUGGUCUAACCCAUCUAAUAGAGUUAACCCCUUUACGAAAUAUUCACUUGAUAGGACAUUCUCUUGGAGCACACAUAAUGGGCACCGCUGGUCGCACAUUUAAAAAGUUAACUGGAAAAUUAAUUCCCAGGAUAACUGGUCUGGAUCCUGCCAAGCCCUGCUUCAGACGGGAGAACAUUCUGCCCGGAUUGUCGCAAGGCGAUGCCAAACUGGUGGAUAUCAUUCACACUAACAUUGGUAUUUUGGCCAAGCGAGGGCCUCUGGGAGAUGUUGAUUUCUAUCCAGGCGGAGCACAUCCCAUUCAGCCGGGCUGUUUAACCAUAGGCUGCUCGCAUACUCGAGCGGUGGAGUAUUUUGCCGAAAGUGCCUAUCCCCACCAAGGAAAAAACUUCAUGGGUAAAAAGUGCGCCUCUUGGGACAAGUUAAAAAGACGAGAUUGUUCUGCAGGUAUAGUCUCCCCGAUGGGCUAUAAAAUUAAUCCUCAAGCGAGGGGCAUGUACUACGUAGAUGUUAAUGGCUGGCCUCCUUAUGGGCGAAACCCGAAGACAACUAUUGAUCCUAGAUCAAGAACUUGCUACCUUUGUCAGACGUAA